AUGAGCAAAACACGACAACCACAACAGCAGCCACCCCCUCCAUUCCCCAACAAGUACAAUGCUCGUUUAGUAGCCCAACACGAUGCCAAACCAUGCACCAUAUGUUUCAAACCAGCAACAACUGUACUUCUUGCUGAAAAUCAAGCCGAUUUCUUCUACACUUGUGUCCAACAUCUCACGGAUGAACAAUUUGCAUCACCUAUUAAGUCUGAAGAAUAUGUCGGGCUCCAACAACAAGUUGAUGACUUGCUGCGACAAGUUGAUAAAUUAAAAAUCGAUGCUGAUGCUGCAAAACCAUAUUUAUGGGGAAUAAGCACCUAUUGGUCCAAAGAUACCACCACUUCUACUUCGAAAGAGAAGGAGAGGGAGAAAAAUAAGGAUAAAGAUAAGCACGAUACUAAGGAAAAAGACUCAAAUUCAGAUUCACAACGUAGUAAUCAACAAACGACUAACAAUUAUGAAUCAUUACGCAAACAAUUACAAUCAACACAACAAGAAUUGCAAACAAACCAAACGAAAUUAACCAACUUCAAAUUCAAGCAAUAUAUUCUAAAUCAUCAAGUUUAUGCCAAUCGGUUAAAACGACAUCAACAAAAGAAAUACAAUAAACAACGAACUGAACUUAUUCACCAACCGGGGUUUUUCCCACAAUUACCCAAAUCAUAA